UCAGUUAUGCAUUGAAGCAAGACAUAUUCAAAAUAGACAUGAUGUGGCUCAUAUCAGGGCUGGCGUAAACACUCCAAAGCUUGCUUUGGCUGUACAAACAGUUUCUGGGUAAGUGUUUGUAAGAGUGGCUGAUGAGCUGUGUUGAGAGUAGGCUAUUAGCACACAGACUUUUAGGGAAUUGGUGCAGCUUCACCUGCCACGUGCAUCCAUCACUAUCCCUCUAAACACGGGACACUUUAGGAGAUGUGGGGCGGGCUGGUAAAGAGCCCAAAGGAGGGUUAAAGAGGAGGAGAGGUGACAGCAGCGAGGUUGAACGAUAGGAUUCAAACACAUCAGACCAUAGAAGAGAGCGGCCCGGACAAAGACUGACGGAAAGACAGCAGUGUCCUAAAACUUUAAAGUGAAGGAAAAUCUCUACUAUUACAAACAGUCUAAGUUAGUCCUCCAGCCGUCCGAAGUGAGCUCGUGUCAGAUGAUGGCACCUCAGGUCGUCAGCUCACCCUUCCUGAAGCCGUUCUUCCUGAAGACGCCGCUUAGCGUUGGCAGCUCGCGACGCCAGCGACGACACACAUUACCCGCUAGCGAGUUCCGUAAUCUCACCCCACAGGACGCCAUUAGUGUAUUUGAGAUAGAGAGAGAAGCGUUCGUCUCAGUUUCCGGGGAAUGUCCACUCACCCUUGAUGAGGUGCUUAGUUUCCUGGGUCAGUGUCCUGAGCUCUCUUUGGGAUGGUUUGAAGAGGGCCAGCUGGUGGCCUUCAUCAUUGGAUCUGGCUGGGACAAAGAGAAACUAGGACAGGAGGCCAUGAACACACACGUCCCAGACUCUCCCGCGGUACACAUCCACGUGUUGUCAGUGCACCGCCAGUGUCGGCAGCAGGGCAAAGGCUCCAUCUUGCUUUGGCGCUACCUGCAGUAUCUGCGCUGUCUCCCCAGCCUGCGCAGGGCCCUGCUGGUCUGUGAGGAGUUCCUGGUGCCCUUCUACCAGAAAGCUGGCUUCAAGGAGAAGGGUCACUCGGCCAUCAGUGUGGGGGCCUUGACCUUCACAGAGAUGGAGUAUCAGCUCAGAGGCCUGGCUUAUGCACGACGAAACAGCGGAUGUUAGGUUUCUUUAGCUUACAGCACAUCCAAUCCUGAUAAAGGACAUCAUGUGUAGAUUCUGGACGGCUCUCACCUAGUUCAGGACUCAAAGCCCUAAUGCCACCUAAGCAAAGAACCAGAGACUUGCCUAUGCACUCAUUUAAAGAGAUUGCACACAGAUGUUGGUUGUUUACUGCAUUUAUUUUUCUUCUUCUUGUCAACUGCCCAAGACACACUGCACACUUUACUGGUCAAAAAAACAGUGGUUGUUUUUAACAAUUAAUUAGUCACCAUAUUUAUAAUUUUGUUCGAUGUUUGAAGUUUCUUUCAUCUAUAAUAAAAUUUU